AGUCCUAACAUGAUUGGUAGCCAAGAACAAACUCUUAAUGCCCAACUUGAUUCAUAGCCUUAUCAUAUCAAUUUUGGGGGGCUACCCAAUCUUACCCCAUCUUGGUUUCCUAAUUUCAAAAAAAUAAAUAUCAUUUUAUAAUUAUUCUCUAUUCUACAAUAUGAUAGUUACAUGAAACAGCUAGCUACUUUUGGAUUUAUAUACCUCAUAAUCCUCAUACUUUUAAGUUCUCACCUUCAUAUAUAUCUUCAUUCCCCCUUGUGAAUCUUCAUAGAAAGACACAACAAAUAAAAACACAAUGAGAAAAGCAAAUAGUUAUUCUCUUCUUCUAUCCUUUCUAAUUCUUUCAUACUUUGUGAUUGAAAUCCAUGGAAACCAACAAGUUAAAGCUCUUGACAAUCUUCACAAGGAGAAAUACAAAGGAAAUUCACAAAUUGAUAGGAGUGAAUUUGAGGUACAAGAAAUUGUGUAUGAUGAUGCCAUUCAUUCUCAAGAGGGUCUCAAAGAGAAAGAUAGGAUUAAGAGUCUUCCAGGGCAACCAUUGGUGAAAUUCUCUCAAUUUGGAGGGUAUGUCAAAUUGGAUAAAUUGGGUGGUAGAGCCUUUUACUAUUACUUUGUUGAAGCUCAACAUUCUAAAGAAACACUUCCCCUUCUUCUUUGGCUCAAUGGAGGUCCCGGAUGUUCAUCUCUAGCCUAUGGAGCAAUGCAAGAAUUGGGACCUUUCAGAGUAAACAGUGACGGCAAAACACUACACCAUAAUAGAUACUCGUGGAACUAUGCUGCAAAUGUUUUGUUCUUGGAGUCACCUGUUGGAGUAGGAUUUUCUUAUUCAAACAAAUCAUCAGAUUAUAGUACUAAUGGAGACAAGAAAACAGCUACAGAUAACUAUUUAUUUUUGGUAAAUUGGUUGGAAAGGUUUCCAGAAUAUAAAAAUAGAGAUUUCUAUAUUUCUGGAGAAAGUUAUGCUGGACAUUAUGUUCCUCAACUUGGACAUACCAUUCUUUAUCAUAACAAAAAGGCAAAGACAAUCAUCAACCUCAAAGGAAUCUUGAUUGGGAAUGCAGUAAUCCAUGAUCAGACAGACUCACCAGCAAUGUAUGAUUAUCUUGCUAGCCAUGCUAUCAUCUCAGAUGAAGCAGCUUAUGAUAUAAAAAGUGUCUGUGAUUUCUCAUCAGAUAAACUCUCAAAGGAAUGUAAUGCAGUUGCUGAUGAAGUUAAUGAAGAUCUUGCAUUCAUUAAUUUAUAUAACAUUUAUGCUCCAGUUUGCAAAAAUGACAAUCUCACAGCCAAGCCCAAAAAGUACUCUAUUGUGAAUGAUCCAUGUGGUGAGUCUUAUGUGUCUGCCUAUCUUAAUAGAAAAGAUGUUCAAGAGGCCCUUCAUGCUAAUGUCACCAAACUCAAAUAUGAAUGGAGUCCUUGCAGUGAUGUCAUUGGACAUUGGGUUGAUAGUUCUUCAACAGUCCUUCCAAUUUUACAUGAAUUCCUCAAUAGUGGCCUUAGGGUUUGGAUUUUCAGUGGUGACACAGAUGGAAGGGUUCCUGUUACUUCAACUAAGAAUUCAAUUAAGAAAAUGAACCUUCCCAUUAAAACUAGGUGGUACCCUUGGUUGGCUUAUGGAGAGGUUGGUGGAUAUACACAAGUAUACAAGGGAGACCUAACAUUUGCUACAGUGAGAGAAGCAGGGCAUCAAGUGCCAAGUUACCAACCAGGAAGAGCUCUUGCUUUGAUUAAACAUUUCUUAGAUGGGACUCCUCUUCCUGCUCCCAAAUUAAAAUCCUAGUUCCAAUGAAAGCAAAUAAAAUUGUAAUUGGAUUUCUUUAGUUUCCUUCCACUUAUGAUCUUUCAUUGGCUUAGAGUUGUAUAAAUAAUCACAUUUUUUUAAUGAAAUGUCCAAUUUGUCUUAUUCA